CAGCUGGGGCGCGGCGGGAGCAGAGCUCGGGCGCGGGGCGCUCGGCACCGCUGCGCUCCGCACCGCUCCGCUCCGCCGCGACUCGCCGCCGCCCCGGAGAUGAAGAGAGUUUGCACGCUGCCCCUCUGGCUCUGGCUCGGCUUUGUCUCGGAGGCAGAUCUGGUGAGCGGCUAUUCCAUGACCCCCCCUACUCUUAGCAUCACCGAGGAGGAGCACGUCAUCAACUCUGGGGACACACUGACCAUCACCUGCAGAGGCCAGCACCCCUUGGAGUGGUCGUGGCCCGGAGGCAAGGUGGACCCCGCCGGGAAGGAGAAGGAGGCUGAGUCCGUGGCCUCGGCAGCCCCCAGCAGCGCUCGGGCGAUCCGGGAAGACGACUGCGAGGGGACCGGCACGAAGCCGUACUGCAAAGUCCUGGUGCUGACAGAGACCCAGGCGAACGACACGGGUUACUACCGCUGCUACUACAAGUACAUCGAUGCCAAAAUCGAGGGCACCACGGCGGUCAGCGCCUACGUGUUUGUCCGAGAUUUCGAACAGCCAUUUAUCAACAAGCCGGAAACCCUCCUCAUCAGCAAGAAGGAGAACACUUGGGUACCAUGCCUUGUGUCCAUCCCCGAUCUUAACGUCACGCUGAUCUCGCAAAAUUCCCUCAUCCACCCUGAUGGGAAAAGCACUUUCUGGGACAACAAGAAGGGGGUGCAGGUACCCACACACCUGAUCAGAGACUCCUUGUUCGUCCAGUGCGAGACUGUCAUCGACAAGAAGGUCUUCAAAUCCAAUUUCUUCAUCAUCCACAUAGCAGGGAGUGAGCUGUAUGACAUCCAGCUGUAUCCCAAGAAAGCCACGGAGCUGCUAGUGGGAGAGAAGCUGGUCCUCAACUGCACAGUGUGGGCUGAGUUCAACUCCGGCGUCCGCUUCCAGUGGACUUACCCUGGCAAACAGACGCAGCGGGCAGUGAUGGAGCCCGAGCGCCGGUCCCUGCAGACGCACACGGAGCUCUCCAGCAUCCUCACCCUCCAGAACGUGAGCCAGCAGGACCUGGGGAAGUACACAUGCACGGCCACCAACGGCGCCCAGAUGCUGGAGGAGAGCACCGACGUCAUCGUGCAUGAAAAGCCCUUCAUCAACGUGGAGUGGAGGAAGGGUCCAGUGAUAGAAGCCACCGCAGGAGACGAAGCCGUGAAGCUGCCAGUGAAAGUCGUGGCUUAUCCCCCACCAGACUUCCAGUGGUACAAGGACGGGAAGCUAAUUCCCAAGCAAUCUCAAUCUUCAAUGCAGAUCAAGGAUGUGUCGGAGCAGCACGCCGGGAUGUACACGCUGGUUCUGCGGAACAGGCUGGCGGGGCUGGAGAAGCGCAUCAGCCUCCAGUUAAUCGUCAAUGUUCCUCCGCGCAUCCAUGAGAAGGAAGCUUCUUCCCCAAGCAUCUACUCCCGGAGGAGCCCCCAGGCCCUCACCUGCACAGUCUAUGGCAUCCCGGCGCCGGAGGUGAUCCAGUGGCAGUGGAGGCCGUGGAUGCCCUGUCGGAUGUUCUCCCGACGCAGCCUCAAUAGCAGGCACCGGGCAGCAAGGCGCCAUCAGCGGGACCGGAUGCCCGAGUGCAAGGACUGGAAAGAUGUGUCGCAGCAGGACGCAGUGAAUCCCAUCGAGAGCAUUGACACCUGGGUGGAGUUUGUGGAGGGACGGAACAAGACAGUCAGCAAACUGGCCAUCCAGGAGGCCAACGUCUCCGUCAUGUACAAGUGCAUCGCCUCUAAUAAAGUGGGUCGAGAUGAGCGACUGAUCUACUUCUACGUGACCACUAUUCCAGAUGGGUUUGAGAUCGAAUCCCAGCCCUCAGAAGAGCCCAUAGAGGGGCAGGACCUACAGCUGAGCUGCAAUGCAGACAACUACACUUAUGAGAACCUGCAGUGGUAUCGGCUGAACCUCUCCAAGCUCCAUGAUGAGGAGGGCAACCCCUUAGUGCUGGACUGCAAGAACGUCCACCACUACGCCACCAAAAUGCAGGGGGAGCUGCGUUUCCAGCCGGACUCCAACGACGCGACUUUGCUGCUCACAAUCCCCAACAUCUCCCUAGGCGAGGAGGGAGACUACGUGUGCGAGGUGCAGAACCGGAAGACCCGGGAGAAGCACUGCCACAAGAAAUACAUCUCUGUGCAGGCCCUGGAGAUCCCCCGCCUCAAGCAGAACCUGACAGACAUUUGGGUGAAUGUCAGUGACUCCAUAGAGAUGCGCUGUAAGGUGGAUGGCAACCAUAUUCCUGACAUCAGCUGGUACAAAGAUGAGAAGCUCGUGGAAGAAGUGUCAGGGAUCGACCUGGCAGACUUCAACCAGAAGCUGAGUAUUCAGAGGGUGCGGGAGGAGGACGCUGGGCUCUACCUGUGCAGCGUCUGCAACGCUAAGGGCUGUGUGAACUCUUCAGCCAGCGUCUCUGUGGAAGGCUCUGAUGACAGGACCAACGUGGAGAUUGUAAUACUGAUUGGGACUGGGGUCAUCGCUGUUUUCUUCUGGAUCCUCCUCAUCCUCAUCUUCUGUAACAUCAAAAGGCCCGCCCAUGCAGACAUCAAGACUGGCUACCUCUCCAUCAUCAUGGACCCCGGCGAGGUGCCCUUGGAGGAGCAGUGCGAAUACUUGCCCUACGAUUCCAGCAAGUGGGAAUUCCCACGAGACCGCCUUCGCCUAGGUAAAGUCCUGGGUCACGGUGCCUUUGGGAAGGUGGUGGAAGCAUCAGCGUUUGGGAUCAAUAAAAGCAACAGCUGUGAGACUGUAGCAGUCAAAAUGCUGAAAGAGGGAGCUACCGCAAGUGAGCACAAGGCGCUGAUGUCAGAGCUGAAGAUCCUCAUUCACAUCGGGAACCACCUCAACGUGGUGAAUUUGCUGGGCGCCUGCACCAAACCCAACGGUCCACUAAUGGUUAUCGUUGAGUUCUGCAAGUAUGGAAACCUCUCCAACUACCUGCGGACCAAGAGGGAGGGAUUCAGUCCUUAUAGGGAGAAGUCACCCAGGCUGCGCAUUCAGGUUCAGUCCAUCGUGGAGGCAGUGCGAGCAGACAGGAGGAGUCGUUCUGGGACCAGCGACAGCGCUAUCUUCAACCGCCUUCUGAUGCACAAGAGCCAGACAGCACAGCCAAUCCAGGAAGUGGAUGAUUUGUGGCAAAGUCCCUUGACUAUGGAAGACCUGAUUUGCUACAGCUUCCAGGUAGCACGCGGCAUGGAGUUCCUGGCAUCCCGAAAGUGCAUCCACAGAGAUCUGGCUGCUCGCAAUAUCCUGCUGUCAGAGAACAAUGUGGUAAAGAUCUGUGACUUCGGCCUGGCCCGGGACAUCUACAAGGACCCUGACUAUGUCAGGAAAGGCAGCGCUCGUCUCCCACUGAAGUGGAUGGCUCCAGAGAGCAUCUUCGACAAGGUCUACACUACCCAGAGCGACGUCUGGUCCUUUGGAGUCCUCCUCUGGGAAAUCUUCUCACUAGGGGCGUCUCCAUACCCUGGAGUCCAGAUCAAUGAGGAGUUCUGCCAGCGGCUCAAAGACGGUACCAGGAUGAGAGCCCCGGAGUACGCCACAGCAGAAAUUUACCGUAUCAUGCUGAGCUGCUGGCACGGGGAUCCCAAGGAGAGACCAACUUUCUCUGACCUGGUGGAGAUACUGGGGAACCUGCUUCAGGAAAACGUCCAACAGCUUCUGUUUGCAGAGUCCUUUCCUGUGGGAAAGGCCUUCCCUUCUUGUAAAGCCACUCACUCUUCCUCCUACCAGGAAGGAAAGGAUUACAUCCCGCUGAACGACUCUCACAGCUCGGAAGAUGAUGGUUUCUCCCAGGUGCCUUCCUCUGUCCAGCAAAAUUCAGAUGAAGAGGAUUUUGACCUAAGGAUACGCUGCCACAGUCUAGCAGCAAGAUAUUACAACUGCGUCUCAUUCCCUGGUUGUUUGACGGGAGGAAAUCAGAUCAGGUGUCCGUCCAGGAUAAAGACAUUUGAAGAGUUUCCCAUGACACACACAAUGUACAAGGCGCACCCGGACAAUCAGACAGACAGUGGGAUGGUUCUGGCAUCUGAGGAAUUUGAGAGGAUAGAAAACCGACACAGAAAAGAAGGUGGAUUCAGCAGUAAAGGGCCCAGCCGAACUGCGGAGCUGCCAGGAGAACAGUCGGACCUGCGGGGCAGAUGUCAGCCGUCGUAUGGGUCCCAGGUCGGAGGCCAGACUUUUUACAACAGUGAAUACGGGGAGCUGUCAGAACACUCUGAGGACGGCAGCUGCACCCCGCCCGGAGAGGGGGCCAGUCCCUCUGCUCUCCACGCUUCCUUCUUCUCCGAGCAGUACUAACGGCGUCAGGCCCCCGAGGCGCCCUGCCGAGGCAUCCCGUCUCGCCCUCCAGGCGUGUCAUCAGGGCCACCCAGAGCUUCCCCUUCAACCUAGGCCCAACCCCAGCAAAGAAUCCACCCCGAACGGACGGGGAACACCGAUCUCCGUGGGACUGCAGCACAACGGCCCACGCAGCACCUCCAGCUGCAGCUUCUCCAUGCCGGGACUGGAGAGAGCACCUCGCUGAUUCCUCGUGUUUCUUUUAUUCCUGUGGCUCAGACAGAUGUGUUCUGCCAGCAAGUGGGUGCCUGUGCUCAGCACUACAGCACCUUCUGCCUAGCAUCCAGCCUCCACUCAGAUCAGCUUCCCAUUCAGAAAGCCCAUUUCAGGUCAGAUAUAAAUAGAUCCGUCUUAGUCAAAUUUCUUCCUGGUGUGCAGCCUCAGUGUUUUUCCUUGGAUUGCUUCCUCCUCCUGUACUCGUGAUGUCAGCUGCUGAGCCUGGGAGCAGAAUCAAAGGGAAGAAAUCCCUAGUGGUAUCAGCAGCCAGAGCAGGACAUUUUGAGGAGGUGUAUGGAGAGAUCCCCGGGGAUCGUUGUAAGUGUCCGCACACACUGUUCGUUCUGGGCAGGUGCCAGUGUACACCCAGCCUCUCCGACUCCUCUGUGAGUAGCACCCACACCCCUCUCAUCUCUGCUGGGGGACCCUAUCACUCUGCCCCAUCACCGAGAUUAAUUUAGCCAUUUCAACACAGCUAGUGCCGGGUAGGUCAUCAGCAGAUGGCUACAGUCCUCCCAGUGAGACAAAUAAAUAGCAACUCUUUUUAUAGGCCCUGUGCAAAACAGGGUUUUAUACGCUCAGCCCUGGGAGCAGGUUGCUCACAGGUCUGCUGCUCUUGCCUCCCCCUUCUCCCAGAGUAGUGUUGAGAUCAUUUGUUGCUCAAGUGAGAAAUUACAGCAAAACUGUGUUAAUUUCAGCUGGCUUCCAAACAUAGAGCAAAAAUGGGUUGUUUGCUGAAAGGAAAAGGAUCAAAGGGGUAGGGAGUGAAAUGUUUAUUUUCAAGUUGCUGCAAGGGUUUUGCAAACAAUGGAAGGAACAAAGCUGCAGCAACGAGGUGCCCCGGACUGUGUCCCCUUGUGCAUUGGCAAUGUUGUGCACAAAGUCGAGGGCAGCAUCUGGCCUACAGCUCAAGCCCUAAUUUUCCUGGAUGGCAUGUCUGCACUAGACUCUUCCUGCUGCCCUGGUUCCCCAGCAGCCCCUAGCUCUAAGGAGGCAAUCGCUGCCCCACAGGCACAUCUCCAGUUUCUGCACCAGAGCUACCAGCACAGUGUAUCUGUCUUUGGGGGACUGAGAAACAUGUAUUCACUGAGAAACCAUCUCGUUGCUUGGGCUUUUUGUUUCUAAAGGAUACCACAUGAAUUGAGAGCUCUGGGGAACCUCCACAGCCUCUCUGAACAGAUUUCUGUGCUGCUGCCUCACCGCUCUCCACCUACUUCUCUCCAUCCUGCUCAUAAUCCAAGAGCUCAGCCACAGAGCACGGUUACAUCACUGCCGGAUGAGUCUGGGUGGAGAUGCUCGUCUGAACAGCUUGUCGUCUUCUCCCACGUGCUGGAGGCUGGCAGAGCUCCUUGCACCAGGGCAUCUCGACACCAGGGAGCUCUGCUUGCAGGCCACACCUCUGUGCUCAGAGCCAAGGGUUUGGUUUGGACUUUCUUUGUUGUGUUUCCCAGCAGACACAGUGUUUUCCCAAACUGUAUUUCUCUUCCGGCAGAGGGUUUUAUGCAUUUCCUGACGUGAGCCUGCGAGUCCUUAUGGAUGACUUUCCCAAGUCUUAAUUAUAGUUCUCUGAACAUGUGUAAUGGGGGAGAUUUAUUUAGCAUAUGGGAAAAGCAUGGCUGUCAUUCAGAUUCUCUAUGCCUGUGUAGAGCACAGAACCAGAGUGCCAAUAGUCCCCUUCCCUUUCGUGUCAGCAGGAUGGCAUGGCUGUGAUUUCCAUGGGAAAAAGAAGCACAAAACUGGACCAGCUUCAGCCAAGCUGGCUCAGGGAUAUGGAAUUGAAAACUGCAUGUGGCAAGUAAUUCCCUGACUUCUGGCAUCUUCCUAAGUUGCCAGGAGUCUGAGCAUCUUUAAGUAGGUGUCAGGACUCAGGGAAGCGGGACAGCCAACAGGGUACAGGUUGGGCUAAAUUCUCCUGCUCUGGUUCUAAACUGUGUUGUUCCCUUGACGGAAGGAAAGCUGCAUGUCCCCAGUGCUGCUAGGGCUCCUGCCUGGAUUCACACGGGUGGAAGGUGACAGACAGCAAAGCAAAAUUCAGGCCGCUCUCUUGUCAAUGUGCAUCUUUAGGACCCAGAUUCCCUUGUUCCCAGUGCUUCACAGACAGUUCUCUGCCUGGAAACACAGCUCCAACUGAGAGAAAGCCUAAGAAAGAUGUUUAUAAAUUAAAUAACAGAUGAAAACAGAAUUCUGAAGUGGCUACAAGUCCUCAUCCAUAUUAAAAAUCUACUGGCAAACCUGCACACUUGCAGGACACUGGCAGGAUUCCUCAACAGAGCAGGGACAGAGGCAUCCAAGCGCUCUGGCUGGCAGUCAAGGCUCACGAUCAGUCAGGACAGCUGCACCUUGUCUUUAGGUUCAGCUGUAAAUUGUUCAUGAGCAUCACUGGGGAGAAGGGUUACUUCACUAGAGCCGCUGUUAAAAAUCCCCUGCUUCCCUCAGGGGAAAGCACUGGAUUGACAUCUGAUUUUGAACACUGAAACCAUUCAACUCCACAGAAGAGUGUUUUAUUUUCUCUAUUUUGUACCAUCUUGGUUGGGGGGGGAAUCAGUUCCCAUUGUAUCCGCAUCAACAGCAUUGCAUGAACAAUACAGCCAUAAUGUGAGCAAAUGCUGACUCCUCUUCAGACACUCCUCAUGAUGAAGAACCGUUGUAGUGUGGGAGAGUGGGGAGUUGUUGAGACAAUUGCACUCUCCCUCUUUUAAAAGUAUAGUAAGAUUUGAGUGUACAAACCUGAUACUCUUUCCCACAUUAUUGCUACCAUAUGUGAUUACUGAAACUACCAAAGCUUUAAAGUAAUCACACUUUACAUUAUUUCUGGCACUUUUUUUACAUUCUUCAGAUAAGCCUGAGCAUGAAAUGAAGCUGGUCUGCUUUGGUUUUGAGAUGCAAGGCAACACUAUUGUCUGUCCUCCCACAGCAACAAGAGACUAUUUCAACUUUUAAAACCCAGGGUUCGAUAUUUGUGCCUGUUCCGUUCACAACGCAUUCACUGUUUUGUUUGGGCUUUUUACUGGAACUCAGCAUUGAAGCUAAGCUAUUUAUCAUCAUCCUGUUUUAAAAUGACUGUUCCCGGUCUACCUACAGUCUCAUUUUUCCUUACGAUUUAUUGGUGUUGAGGUCCUUCCUCUCGCAUGACAGCAAAGUGUUUGAGCAACAUCGGUCCCCUACUUGCAAACACACAUGCAUACACGAACAUCUCUGAAGAAAAACCUGUGUGUCAAGUAACACUUCAUUUAUACUGCAAUACUUUAACCUGGUACCUGUUGUUGCUACAGCAGCAUUCAAUGUUUUGGUGGGCUGCCUUUGAUGCAAGUAGGUUACUAUGGGUUAUGUGUGAAUACAAAAGUGUGGUGUGUGUGUGUGUGUGUGAGUGAGUGUUUUGUGGGUGAGAGUUUUUGGGUGUUUGCAUGUGUGAGUUUCUCUUACCGACGCGUGUAUGUGAGUUUUUAUAACUCGCCUUGAGUCUCGUCUCUGGAAGUUCGUGGUUAUGUAUCAAACCAGUUAGAACACUGCUUUCUUUCCUCUUCUCCUAUAGUACUUGUUACCCUUUGUCAUUAAGAGUUUUGUUGUAAUAUCUAAAUGUGAAAAUGAAUAAAGUCAUAACUUGCA